AUGAAACAGCAAGGGGGAAGCUUCAAUGAAAAUGAUAAAGGCGAGAUGGGGGCUGCGGUGGAAGUGGUAACGGCGUGGGAGAGGACGAAGGAAGAGAUCGACCAAGCAUCCCCCAGAAGAGAACAGCAACAGGUUAGAACGGUAUCUCAAGAGGACUACUCGAAUGAUGAGCCCCCCUAUUCAGUGAUUACUCAACUGGCUUAUCAACACGGAGGGCCAGUGACAACAUUUUUAACCCCCCCGGAUGAGGCAAGCACAGACUUCAACCCUUGGGUGAAUGAUUCACCAUGUGGUAUCACCAAUAAGGGGCACGAUGUUUCACGUGAGGGAGAAGGAAUUGAUGGUCCUUCUCCUUACUUGCUUCGCAGCUACGGAAGUGAUGAUGAGGCAUGGAAGUCAACUCGAGAGAGUUCAGAUGAUGUGGGGGGGGUGCACCAUGAAGGGGGUACAUCCUCAAGCGACGAAGAAGUGACAAAGAGAAAAAUGACUCUUCUUGGUGAGGUCGGCCUCAGUAAUAACGCGUUUCUGCGUGGUGAGAUGUGCCCAAGCAAUGACGCAUGCCUGCCUGGUGAAGACAGAGCAGGGGAGGAGGGGCCCAGGGGAGAGAGCCUCGACGAAAGAGAAAAAAGAAUGGUUUACAAAAAGGCCGACGAAAUAAUAAACGGGGACUCUGGGGGGGGAGAGGACUGGCUGUUGAGCGAGUCGGAGGGGAACGAACCGCCAAGUGGGGAGGGGAUGCAGCAGAGUGGGGUGCAGAGGCGCAGCUCAUUGGAUCGACGCGCGCUCAACCUAAGCGCAAAGGAGCUGCACGCAUUUUUGAAACGGGACAAGUACCACCUGACGAAAAUGAAGACGCGCAUGAGGAAUGUGGUGUACAGGUACUUGUACGAGCGCGCAAGGGGGAGAAGCCAGCCAGGUGAAAAGGAAACCAUGAGUCGUGAAGCAUCGAGCAUGGCGCGCAUACACACGUUGGAGGCAGAGACGACAGACGUGGCGUCCUCCUCAGAGGACAUGGCAAAUCUUCUAUACACGGAGUGCACCAUACGAAAGACAAAAAUCGCUCAGUUAAGGAGUGUAAGUAAGCUUGUUUGUGACAGGAGGAAUGAAAAGUGCAUGCGUAUUGUGAGCUACAAGAAUGUUUACCUGUUUGAUGCAUGCGGUUGUUGUUCUGACGACGGUUCUACUGGUGACGUGGGUGACGUUGGUGAAGUGGCGGGCGGGGUAUGUAAUGUACCGCCCCGUAAGAGGGAAGUCAUUCCACAGAGGCCUCUCCCCACCUACCGAUUCACCUGCAACAACCACUUCGUAUGUCUUCAAAGAAAAGAUAAUGAGGUGCACGUGUUCAGUCACAGGGUGCUAAGUCUAAAUGAGUCCAUUUUUUUUAAAAACAAGGAGAGCAAGACGACGAACGAAGAAGAAUUGAAAAAGUUCCUCAACGACUUAACAUGCAGUGGGGUUGAAACAAAUUGUAAAAGGGUGAAGCUGAACUGGGAAGCAUAUCCCUUUUACAUCAUUAGGGAUUCCUCAUGGAACAAAAUAAAGAGUAUCCACCUGAACGCGUCGAAUCAUUUGUGUGUAUGCACAGAGACAGGUUCUUUUGUGUAUCAAUUAUAUUUUACAAAUGGAACGAUUCAAAUAAAGUUCAGUGGAAGUCAUUUGUAUCGUAGUGUGUCUGUGCAGAAGGAGAAUGAAGUGUUGGAGGCGUACCUGAGUAGUGAGAAGAAGAUGGUCCAUGUGAGUCAUUAUGCCCUUUUUUUACUUCAACGAAAUAGCAAAUUUUUUAAGGGUGACUUGUUUACUCUCAUUAAGCAUAUAAAAUGUCGACAGCGAAUUUUAAGUGUAUCGUUUUGUGGUGACUGGAUCAUCCUCUCCUUCCACAAUAGAGUGUCUGUUCAUUAUAAGGUCAGUGGGAAGGUGCACUUCAUUGUGCAGAUUAACUCACAGGGAGAUGUCGUUGGUGCAGAGGUUAGGCAAGAAGCGGUUCAAGUGCACAGCCCACGUGUUAGCGAGGCAACCAAGCGGGGUAUUCCUGAGCCAACCCAUCACAUACCUCUUUUGUGUCCCCUCCAAGGGGAUAACCUUUUUUGUUUAUCGUAUGGAAGGAAGAUAAGUAUAUUAGAAUACUCCAAUGGGGUUAUUCUGCGGAAGCAGUUUCAAUUGAAUCACUCGGUGCAAUUUUUAAAAGUCGUGCGAAAUAACAUGUUGGUUACUUACGGAGAGAAGGAGUUACAUGUAUUUCAGCUGGUGUGUGUGAAGAAGGAGUUUUCUCUUUUGUUUUUUUUUAACAAAGCGGUUAGUAAUGCUAAGUGUUCGAAGAUACAUGAGGAGGGAAAGACGUUCGAAAGUUAUGCGGAAGCCAUAAAGGUGAAGGUCAAGCUGAUUAAGAUUAACAGGGACGACCAAGUCGCGAGGCGAAUUUUUUAUGCACUGAAUGGGGAUGGCACGAAGGGGACUGACGCCACUUCCGAGGGCGGUGCCCACUUCUACGUUAACCUCCUUUACAUUUACAUUUUGAACGGCGAUCGAGUUGACCUCGUGGUGGUGAAUUCGCUGGUGUAUUUGAUUUACUUGCUUUUCAGCCACCACAGGUAUGGCCUGCUCCUGGCCCUGAUGCUGCACUUGUACGAGGGAAACUGCUGCACGUUGACGGACUUCCCCUUGGACGAGGAGGACAGGAGGGAGAAGCUGAAGCCACUCUUCUACUUCCUCUUCGAAGCAAGAAUGAACGACAUAAUAAAAAAUGGAAACCGGUUUGGCAGGGAUCCACGCAACAGCAUCUACCAUGUGCAGGUGGAAGGGGGACAGUGUGAUAAGGAGGGAGAAGGGAGAAUAAAGAAUGCUUCAAACGAAUUGAACAAUGUGUGUAGCCGCACGCCCAGCCACACUUCCAACCACACAUUAGAGAGUGUAAAUAAAAUCGGGUCCUCCUCCGAGUCUUCCACUUCAGCAUCAGUGGACCAAGCCAUUUCUGCUUCUACCCCUGUUGCAUUAAAUGAUAAAGUGUUAAUCGGUGAGGGAGAAGUCGUGACGGAGUGGCCCUCACUUCCCUCCCCUCAAGUAACAACUCCUCAUGGAAGAGGUACCACUCAGGAGGAAGGGCAGCCCAAAGGAGGACAGCUUGUUUUGAAUGGAAGAAUGGUCUCACAUAGUUGUAUUAAGGAACUUCAAAAGUUAUGUCUCCUGGGCAUUGAAAUUAGUAUAAAAUUUAAUACGAAUCUUCAUGAAUGCAUAUUUGAGUUACUUCGUAAAUUCGGUGCAGAGAAUUUGUAUUUUCACCUCAUUGAAGAUUACAUUUUGAGGAAGAGGAUUGGCAUCACUCACCACUCUCUUGUGUAUAGUUUGACUGAACACUUCAAGCGCUUGUACAGGAUGUUCUCGGAGUGCGACGACUCCUGUUACGAUUUGUUUUUAUUCUUUUGCGGCCUCGUUGGGGGGGCGUUCCGAUCGGAGCGGCUAAAUGAUCGGCUAAAUGAGCGACGCUUGAGCGAGGUUGUAUUUUCUCCUGUGGAAAACGGCGCUGACAGUAACGACGACAUUGUUGACCGCUGCUACGAUGACGGCUGCGCGGACCUGGACGUGCACCUGUACCGCCACCACCUAGCCGCGCAGAACAUCUGGGCGAAGAUCCGGAUCGUUUAUGCCUUUGUGUGCACAGUAGAAAUGUACUCCCGCCUGUUCGAAGGAAUAAUUCUUGAAGGGGGGGACAUGGAAAGCAUCAUCUCACAUCUCCCAAUUCAUCUUAGUGCCUUCAUUUAUAACAAACACAAUGAAGACCGAAUCACCACAGCAGAGUUUUUCAUUUCUUACCUGAUUAGAAAAAAAAACAAACUUUUUUAUAGCUACUGUCGAUGCAAUAACUUGAAGAGUGACGAGCUGCCCAUUUACCUGCCCAUGUACAUGUACAAAAAUUUUUACCAUUCUUAUGUCUUCGUCGAUUAUGUCUUCUCCAUUAUGUUUAAGAUUCCCUUCAGCAUCAGCUUGAAUCGAUUUUCAUUACCGUUAGAGGAGGGCAUCACUCUGAAGAGUUGCUACUCAGACGUGGAUGCAAGUUACCAGUUCGAUGAUUCUUCAAAUUACAAAAAUGUAUUUUUUAUAUUUUCUCCUUUUCGUGUGGAGAGAGAGAAUCACUGUACCUUGAACAGAACCAUAUUGUCUCUUUGGCGGUACCUUCUAGAUGGGACCAACUCUUGUGUGGGCAAGUAUCUCCCCAUGCGUGUUGCAAGUGGUUGUGAUAAGGGCACUUUUCUGGAGUUUCUGUCCUGUCAGGGGGAUGCAAGGUUACAGGAAGACAUGACCUGUGCAGGAAAAAACGACCAACACAAAAUAAACCUAAAUGAUUAUUCUAAUUUGGACAAAAAUGGAAUGUUCUUACUUCUGCAGUUAUCAUUGAAGGAUACCUUUUAUAUAUUAAAUCGGAGUUUUUUCCAAUACAACUUUGCUGAGAAUUAUAACAUUGUUAAUCUUUUGAUUCGUAAUUUGUGUAUUUUUUACCUGCACAUGGUCAUAACUUUUCUCUUUUACGUCAUAUACUUGAAGAAGAUUUUGAGGCAUAAUUUGUCAGAGGAGACAUGUGUACAGAUUUAUAAAGAAGUGAUAACAGCUGUUAACAGUUGCAAAGAUUAUGAUCAAGUUAAUGAUGUGUGUUUGAGGUUGGUUCAUGUGAUUGAAAAAGAGAGACAUACCCAUGUUCAGAAAAAUUUUCCCCGCAUGGUCAGGUGGAUUACGUUACAACUUUUUUAUAUAAAGAGACAUAGGAAGGAAAUGGCCAAUUCAAUAACGUACUUGUUGAUUUUGUUUUUCAUUCUUCAGAGUGAUUGUAAUGUGUACUCAUUCGAUUAUCUCUUGGGUGUUUAUUUUGUGAAUUUUUUGCUCCGAUUAUCAUGUGGGGGGGGCAGGAAGGAGGGUUUGACCAGCUCAUGGAUGGGAAGACGCCGGUUUGGGAAAUUUAUGAAAAGGUGUUUGAACUUUUCGAAUAAAAAUUAUUUGAACAAGAUUAGACCACACGUGAAGGAACAAGACUUCCUUCGAACCUUUCACUUGAAGGAGAUCAACUUACGUGUAAAGAAGAGCCAGAUCAAGAAGAACGUUGAAGGGACAUCCUCUCCUCAGGACAACUUAGUGAAUUACUUGUUGAGGGCGGCGUACAACGUCGAUGUGUCUGACCUGCUUCGCCAGCAUGGCGGUGAUGAAUAUCUUUACCAGGAUGGGCGUGAUGAGCGUACUGGGGUGAGUGACGAAGGGGAGGCGGUGCAAGUGACACGUGAUGAGGGGUGCGCGUUUAAGAGGGUGGGUUCGGGGAGAUCCCUUGGGGGAACUCCAUCCGGGGGAGUGCCCACUCGGGAGGGGAAGACACGAAAGGCGGAGAAGACGGGGGACAUUUUCCGUUUGAAGUUUUGCAGGAUGCACUACGGGUAUAUCUUACUGCUAUACGUAAAGAGGUUGUUGGUGUUGCACCGGGGGGGGCGGUCCCCUGGGGGGGAGAAGCGCGACAAGAGCAAUCCCUCACAUGCUCCUCCAACCAGCGGUCAUGCACAAAUUUGCACAGAGAUAGGUCAGCGUGGAAGGCUCAGGAGGAACGUAGAUAAACUGCUCAAGUACAUCCUCCUCUUCAGUCACGUGCGAAAGUGCGAGCAGGUCUACCUGGUCAUACUUAACCACUUCGGUCGCUAUGACGUUGUCUUGAACCACUACAGAGCGAGAAGGGAAUGGAGGAACAUGCAGGCCUAUAUUUUUGUACACAUAUUUUUUUUUUUUAAAGAAAGGAAUGUAAAGAGGAGGUUGCGUGGGUACUUGUUCUAUGCCGAUGUGUUACAACACAUGGACAUGAUGAGCGAUGUGUUUGUGAAUUACAUCUUGGGGACCUAUUUCGUUUUUCAUAACAGCACGGUGAAGCUGCUCCGGGGGGGACAAGGCGAUAUGCAGGACUGCGUGAGAAGUGUCGUCCCCCCCACCGCUACCAAGAAGGGAGACCUGAAAAAGAAAAGCCCAUGGGGGAAGACACACAUACUUAGCCUAUGUAAGGUAUUCACCACGACGCUGAUUAAAUGUCGCAACCUCUCCGAUGUGGCCAAGCGGAGAGUGUAUUACCUGCUUCUAUACGAAGCUCGUAUGCCGAGCAGGAUUCAGAGGUACCUCCACAAGAAAAUCUUUUAUGCCUACCUAACCCUGCUGUGUAAAUACAAAAAGGAUCAUGUGUACAGGUGUGUCAAGUAUGUUAAUGUAUACAAAUACAAGGAGCUAUUUGAGCGCCAUGAAAAUGUGAAUGUCCUACUCCAUCUCCACGAGCGUCAGGGCAACUUCCUCACCAUCAUCGACCUGUGUCUUAAGUUGAUCAAGCAGAAUAUUUUAAAAUUGAAAAAUGCUUUUUCUAAACAGAAGGAUUGGCAUGUGCCGGAGGACGUCACAUACGGGGAUGUUUACUCGGUUAGGUUUUGCACCCGAGUCGAUAUUUAUAAUUUGUGUUCCAUGCCCUUGAAGAGGAGCGUCCGCAGGAUAUUCUUCCAGGGGGCGGCCAGCCAAGGUGAUCAUCGUGAUCGUCCUGAUCGCCCGCAUGCGCAGCAGCAGGAGGAGGAAGCGGAGGAGGGGGCAGGGGGCAGUGUCACCGAGAGGGACUCAUUAUUGGGUAGGCUUCUUAACCCACUGCACAGCUCCGCGGAGAGGCGUGCGUGGGAGAGCUACUUCGUGAAGACGCCUCGCUGGGGGGGCAGCAAGCCGAAGCGAAACCUGCUGAAGGGGGAGGCAAGUGGGAAGACGAACCAGACCGGUACAGUAGGAAAGUGGAAGCAAGCGAAUCUAGCCAAGGCGUGUCGCAUCUUUCUCACGCGUGAAUACAAUGCGGUGUUCCUCUACAUAUACAUGCUGACCUUUGUCCUGCGAAGGAACAAGCUACAGAGCGACCGGAUCAACGAGUACGUUUUGUUUUUCAUUGUUGACGAAUGUGUGAGGGGCUUCAUCGGGGUAUGUGAGGACCUGGGAUGCGGUGCCCAGGGGCAGCGUGGUGAGCGGUGCCUCGUUGUAGAAGAGAAGGAAGAUUGUGAAGGCACGGAAAUGAGAAACGAAGACGCACCCCCCACAGACGCGAUUGCAUUCUUUAGCUACCUGUUUGACCAAAUAAUCUUCUUCGUUAUAAAUAUAAAUUCUCACCGACGUGUUCAGAGGGUCUGCAAGCAGCUCCUUUCCAAGUACAGAACAUUUCAAGUGAAGCUCGUGAGACCUCCCCUCAUUGGACUUUUAAAAAGCAUGACCGAGACCUACUCCCUCCUUAAUAAUAAUUGUCACACGGCGGAGAAGAGGAUAAAGAAACAAAUAGAGUCGUAUACGCUUGAGCGAAGGAAGGGGCUCGUGGUAGACUUGCAUGUGGACCACACGCAUCCCUUCAACACCAAGUUGUGCUCCCACAGCAAGCAGGGGAAGGCGGCGGCGCGCCAGCAGCGGCACGGUCAACAGGCUAAUCAGCAACCCACUCAACAGCCAGCGCAGCAAGCCGUGCAAGCCGUGCAACCCGUGCAACCGAGUCAGCCGGCUCAGCAAGAACAGACGGAACUGCUUCCUCCCGAGAUGUGCACAGAUGGCGCCCCCCUUGGUGACGCCCUGUGGCUGAGCAAGUGCGAACACGACCACCACUUCUCCUGUUCGAAGAGGUGCCACCUGUGCGGCGCGAGCGAGGAGCAGUCCCGCAAGUCGCUCGGGUAG